AUGACUACUGACACAUCAAAAUACUCUUUCAAUCACACAAUGCUUCGUGUGAAGGAUCCUCAAGCAUCCGUCAAAUUCUACACCGAGAUCUUGGGCAUGAAGUACAUUACAAAGCAUGACCUACCAGAUGCAAAGGCAACUCUCUACUUUUUAGCUUUCGUGAAUGCCGUUCCUGAAACUCAAAAAGAGAAACUUAGAUUAGCAUUCUCUCAUAGUGGUGUCAUUGAGCUACUUCACAAUUGGGGUACCGAAAAUCAACCUGGUUUUGCUUACAACAAUGGUAAUAAAGAUGAUGUUGGUAGAGGGUUUGGCCAUACUUCUGUGCUUGUGGAUGAUCUCAAAGAGGCAUGCAAACGUCUUGAAUCUUUGGGUGUCAAAUUUCACAAAAAGCCAACUGAGGGUGGUAUUCACACUGUAGCUUUCGUUGCUGACCCGGAUGAUUACUGGGUCGAGAUCAUUGGCAAUCCCUUGUACACUGGUGAAAACCCUCUUUAA